CGAGUGCCGGUCAAUCGGAGUGGAUUGCAACGAUUGAUCCAUAAAUAUUUUUGGGUUUCUCCGUUGUUCAAGAAAGUGAUCGAGUGCCGGUCAAUCGGAGUGGAUUGCAACGACGGUCGGAGUUUCUCCGGCCGGUUUUUCUCUCAGUAGGUGAGCUGUAUUAACCUAACACAAGCAGAGCAUUCAUCUGAUGGGUAUCCAAUUCCUGCCAAAUCACUGCAUUCAGCUGCUCUGUUGCCGAAUGUUAAUUGGACCCUGAGCAUUUGAGUUAUAUGUUAAUUAAAUUAUUCGUAUUAGAAUUUCAAUAUUGUUAAGUGUGAAUAGUUGAGAUAUAAUGCGUUUCUUGCCACGUUAUCGUUCUAUCAUUUCGGUAUCGAUUUAGUAUAUUCUCCACUAGCAAUCAUUUCCUUUUAUGAAUCUAAAUUGGUACCAUUCUCUCUCUGUAGCUUGGCUAUUGGGAGAUGAUGCGGCCUUUCAAGCAAGCAAUCCAACAUACACAAUGAUGUCUCGAGGUAAAUUGUCUUUCAUAGAUGAUCUUUUUGCACGUCUUGCUAUUUCCAACUCCCAUAAAAAGUAGAAUAGUGAACAUAAUUUGUUAAUUUUACGAGCAACAUCUAGCUUCGUUUUGAUACUAAUAUGCAAACUUAGAUAUCUCUGGUAUGGAUUAGCAAAAAGCACUAUCGUGAUCAAACCAUAAUUUAUCGUUUCAUACUACUGAAAACCACCUAUCGAUUCAACCUAGACCUAGAAUUUUUUUCGAUCAGAUCGUUAGCAGGGUUGCACAAAAGCGGUAUUCAACCUAACAAGAAUGACAUAAGCUCGAGAAAGCCACCCACUUUCUUCCUUCUCUAAACGCCACCACCUUCUAAAUUGCCUCCUUUCGUCCUCCGGGUCCUACUAUAACUAUGAUCCACGCCCCUUCCCUCCUCCGUUGUCCCUUCUUCUUCUUCUUCUUCUUCUUCUUCUUCUCCUCCUCCUCUCCGCCGCCGCCGCCCGCCGCCUCCUGCAUCCUUCCUCCUCCUCCGCUUCUCCGCCUUCACGUCAUUUCCAGCCUCGCCAGAACUCCAAUCUCUCUACGCUGCUCCGCCGCCGACUCACGGUCACCGUCGAAUCGAGAAAUGGCCGCACAGCAGGAUCCUCGCCUCGCCGGAAUCGCUGCCUCGAUUCGAGUCAUCCCUGACUUCCCCAAAGCAGGUAUUAUGUUUCAGGAUAUAACGACGCUGCUUCUUGACGUGAAGGCGUUCAGGGACACUAUCGAUUUGUUCGUCGACCGGUACAAGGACAAAGGCAUCUCCGUCGUCGCUGGUAUUGAAGCAAGGGGUUUCAUAUUUGGCCCUCCCAUUGCAUUGGCUAUUGGCGCGAAGUUUGUCCCGUUGAGGAAGCCCAAGAAGUUGCCUGGGGAGGUUAUAUCGGAAGAGUACUCCCUGGAAUACGGAACAGACAAGAUAGAAAUGCAUGUAGGUGCUGUAGAAGCUGGUGAACGUGCACUGAUAGUUGAUGAUCUCAUUGCAACUGGUGGCACGUUGAAUGCUGCAAUCAGGCUUCUAGAGCGUGUUGGGGUUGAAGUUUAUGAGUGCGCUUGUCUCAUGGAGCUGCCUGAGCUGAAGGGUCGUGAACGUCUGGGAGACAAGCCUUUGUUUGUCCUUGUGCAAUCUUCUGUUGAUGCGCAUGAUCAUCAUUAGAGAUCUCUCAAGGAUGGGGAAGAGGCGGCGAAGGUUAAGAAUAAACGAUUUGGCUGUGAGUUUGAUGAUUUUUCGUUAAACAAGGUUGACUGGUGAAGGUUUCUAUCGGGAGGUGAGAAGCAGAUUUGAGGUUAACAUAGCUGAUUGAGCAGAAUGAAGGGAUAAAUUGAUUAGAAGAGGCAGCCGGUUUGAAACUGUCUUCCUGUAUCUUAUUAUCAUACCGUUUGUUUCAAGAAAGUAGGAUGCAACAGGCUGCUUGUAUCAAAACAAUAUUAGAUGCUUGGCUCAUCUCUUAGACACUGCAAUCUUUUGCUCCCUUUCUCUCUCAGCAUUGAACCUAAACCUAAACCACACAAAGGAGGAGCCCACAAAUGAGCAUAUGAAUUUGGGAGUUAAAAGAAAGACAGAACCUUCAA